GUGCUUGUCUCCCCGUGUGGUGAAAUUUCAGAAUAACCGAUCAUCCUGACAGGAGUGCUCACUCCAUCGACGCACUUCCGAGAUGGCUUUCAUGGCGGUCUUGGAAUCCGACCUCCGCUCUCUCUCAGCAGAAGCUCGCCGUCGCUAUCCUGCUGUUAAAGACGGCGCAGAGCACGCAAUCCUCAAGCUUCGUUCAUUGUCAAGUCCUAGUGAAAUUGCGCAUAAUGAGGACAUAUUACGAAUCUUUUUGAUGGCCUGUGAGGUCCGAACAGUCAAGCUUAGCAUUAUUGGACUUUCGUGUCUGCAGAAACUGAUAUCUCAUGAUGCUGUUUCUCCAUCAGCUCUGAGGGAGAUUUUAUCUACACUGAAAGACCAUGCUGAAAUGGGGGAUGAAGGUGUUCAGCUCAAGACCCUUCAAACAGUAUCAAUAAUAUUUCAGUCACGCUUACACCCUGAAAACGAGGAUACUAUGUCUCAAGCUCUUGGUAUCUGUCUCAGGCUUCUUGAAAACACUCGAUCUUCUGAUAGUGUUCGCAAUACUGCUGCAGCUACCUUCAGGCAAGCUGUGGCCUUGAUUUUCGAUAGGGUAGUUUUGGCUGAGUCUCUUCCUGCCAGCAAAUUUGGUUUUGGAGGUCAGCUCUCUCGGACAAGUUCAGUUACUGGUGAUGUUAACCGUAGCAUCAAUUUGUCUGACUCACUAGAUCAUAAUUCUGCUUCUGGAGGGCCUGCUGUGAUGAGGGAGACUUUAACUGAAACUGGAAAACUUGGGCUGCGCUUGCUUGAAGACCUGACAUCUCUUGCCGCAGGUGGAUCUGCGAUUUGGCUACGUGUUAAUAUUCUUCAGAGGACAUUUGCACUUGAUAUUCUUGAGUUCAUUUUGUCCAAUUAUGUGGCUGUUUUCCAAACCUUGUUGCCCUAUCAACAGGCUUUACAACGGCAGAUAUGUUCACUUCUCAUGACUUCACUCCGUACCAAUGCUGAGCUUGAAGGAGAAACUGGUGAGCCUAGCUUUUGUCGUUUGGUCUUGCGCUCAGUUGCUCAUAUUAUAAGGCUUUACAGUUCUUCCCUUAUCACUGAAUGUGAGGUUUUUCUUAGUAUGUUACUAAAGGUUACUUUUCUUGACUUGCCAUUAUGGCAUCGGAUUCUUGUUCUUGAGAUUUUGAGGGGAUUUUGUGUCGAGGCACGGACAUUGCGGAUUCUUUUCCAAAAUUUUGAUAUGAACCCUAAGAAUACAAAUGUUGUGGAGGGAAUGGUCAAAGCUCUUGCUAGGGUUGUUUCAAAUGUACAGUUUCAAGAAUCAAGUGAGGAGAGCCUGGCAGCUGUUGCAGGAAUGUUUAGUAGCAAAGCCAAAGGUAUUGAAUGGAGUCUAGAUAAUGAUGCAUCAAAUGCUGCAGUCUUAGUUGCCAGUGAAGCACAUGCCAUAACUUUGGCAGUCGAAGGCUUGUUAGGUGUUGUCUUCACUGUUGCAACUUUAACAGAUAAAGCCAUAGAUGUUGGAGAGAUUGAGUCCCCUAGAUGUGGUAACGAUCCACCAGUAAAAUGGACUGGUAAAACUGCAGUUCUCUGCAUCUCAAUGGUUGACUCACUGUGGUUGACAAUACUUGAUGCAUUAUCCCUUAUUCUAUCAAGGUCACAAGGAGAGGCCAUUGUAUUGGAAAUAUUAAAGGGAUAUCAGGCAAUCACUCAGGCUUGUGGGAUACUCCGAGCUGUAGAACCUUUAAACUCGUUUCUUGCAUCGCUUUGCAAAUUCACCAUCAAUUUUCCUGUUGAAACAGAAAAAAGGAGUGCUUUGCCGUCUCCUGUAUCAAAACGAUCAGAACUAUCAGUUGAUCAGAGGGAUAGCGUUGUGCUUACUCCCAAGAAUGUACAGGCCUUGAGAACUCUUUUUAACAUUGCUCAUCGAUUGCAUAAUGUUUUGGGCCCAUCUUGGGUUUUGGUGUUGGAAACUCUAGCUGCUUUAGAUCGAGCAAUUCAUUCCCCACAUGCCACUACUCAGGAGGUCUCUACUCCUGUCCCAAAGUUCACAAGGGAGUCAUCUACCCAAUACAGUGACUUCAAUAUACUAUCUUCUCUGAACUCUCAGCUCUUUGAGAGCUCUGCUCUGAUGCAUACAUCUGCUGUAAAGUCCCUCCUCUCCGCAUUAUGUCAACUUUCACAUCAAUGCAUGUCUGUUACUUCGAGCGGUUUGGGACCAACAACAAGUCAAAAAAUUGGAAGCAUCAGCUUUUCAGUGGAGAGAAUGAUAUCAAUCCUUGUGAAUAAUGUUCACAGAGUAGAGCCAUUUUGGGAUCAAGUUGUUAGUCACUUUCUUGAGCUUGCUGAUAAUUCUAAUCCACAUUUGAAAAGCAUGGCACUCGAUGCUCUUGAUCAAUCUAUAUCUGCAGUCUUAGGUUCUGACCAAUUCCAAGACUACAAACAAUCCAAGUCUCUUGAAACAUCUCAGGAAAUGGAAGCCAGUCUUGAUAAGUUGAGGUCUCUUGAAUGUUCUGUCAUAUCUCCACUGAAGGUUCUUUAUUUUUCUACUCAAAGCAUAGAUGUCCGUGUUGGAUCUUUGAAAAUUCUCUUGCAUGUCUUAGAGAGAUAUGGAGAAAAACUUCAUUACAGCUGGCCUAGUAUACUUGAAAUGUUGAGGUAUGUAGCAGAUGUUUCAGAGAAGGAUCUGGUUACUCUCGGUUUCCAGAACCUAAGAGUGAUAAUGAAUGAUGGACUGUCCACCUUACCCACAGACUGCCUUCGAGUGUGUGUUGAUGUGACUGGAGCAUACAGUGCUCAAAAGACGGAGUUGAACAUAAGCUUGACAGCUGUUGGACUCCUGUGGACUAUGACUGAUUUCAUUGCAAAGGGCCUUCUCAAUGGACCUUUUGAAGAAAAGGAAACAGGUGUUGGUUCAAUAGAGAAGCAGAUACAUGGUGAAAAGAUGGAUGAUCAAACAUAUAGUAUUUCUAAUAAUGUGAGAGACCAAGCUUCUUAUGUAGAUGAUGUUGAUUAUGAGAUGCUUCUAUUCUCUGUUUUCUCAUUACUUCAAAACCUUGGGGCGGAUGAGAGACCAGAGGUAAGGAAUUCUUCUGUUAGGACACUUUUCCAAACUUUAGGAACUCACGGGCAAAAGCUUUCAAAGAGCAUGUGGGAAGAUUGUCUUUGGAAUUAUGUAUUUCCUACAUUGGAUCGUGCUUCUCACAAGGCUGCUACUUCAUCAAAAGAUGAAUGGCAAGGGAAAGAACUUGGAACUCGAGGAGGAAAAGCAGUUCACAUGCUCAUACAUCAUAGUCGUAACACAGCGCAAAAGCAGUGGGAUGAAACUCUGGUGCUUGUUCUUGGUGGAAUAGCACGUAUAUUACGGUUGUUCUUUCCUUUUUUCACAAGCUUGAGUAACUUCUGGUCUGGCUGGGAAUCAUUGCUUCAAUUUGUUGAGAAUAGCAUUCUAAAUGGUAGUAAAGAGGUAGCACUUGCAGGAAUAAAUUGUUUGCAGACAACUGUUAACUCCCAUUCAUCGAAGGGAAAUAUGCCGAUGCCUUACCUUGUUUCAGUGAUUGAUGUUUACGAGCUUGUUCUGAAAAAGCCAUCCAGUUACAGUGGCAAUGCUGCCGACAAGGUCAAGCAGGAGAUUUUGCAUGGUCUUGGUGAGCUUUAUGUGCAGGCUCAAGAAUUUUUCAAUGAUGUCUUAUACACACAAUUGAUAGCAAUCAUAGAUUUGGCUGUGAAGCAAGCCAUGUUAACUAAUGAUAGCUUUGAAAUGGAAUUUGGGAAUGUUCCACCUGUGCUAAGGACUAUACUGGAAAUCUUACCACUGUUAGGUCCAACAGAUAACAUUUCUUCAAUGUGGCUUGUUCUUCUUCGAGAGUUUCUGCAGUAUCUUCCUAGACAGGAUUCUCAUUUACAGAAUGAGGAUGGUAAAAUAGAUCAAGCAAGAGGUUCUGACCUUAUCACAGAUUCUCAGGUGAACAAUGGAGCACCCAAUGGCACUACUCCGAUAUCACCUAGUAAAGUGGCAGCAUCUCCAGGUUCUCGAUCAACUGCAGCUAUAAAUGCUGGCAUUCCUAGUUAUAUGUUUGCAGAAAAGCUAGUUCCGGCGCUGGUAGAUCUUUUCCUGAAGGCACCUACAGUUGAAAAGUAUAUUAUAUACCCUGAAAUUAUUCAAAGCUUUGGAAGGUGUAUGACAACAAGAAGAGACAAUCCAGAUAGUGCACUUUGGAGGUUAUCCGUUGAAGCAUUCAACCGUGUGGUUGUUGACUAUGUCACCAAAUUAACCAACGGAGGUCCAGAUUCCAGCAUUAGUAAACCUGUCAGAACACGUAUAUGGAAAGAAAUUGCAGAUAUUUAUGAAAUAUUCCUUGUCGGAUAUUGUGGACGAGCUCUUCCUUCAAAUUCUCUCUCAGCAGUGGUGUUAGAGGCUGAUGAGUCCCUUGAGAUGUCCAUCUUAAAUAUUCUUGGUGACACAGUCCUUAAGUUGCCAAUUGAUGCCCCUGUGGAUAUUCUGCAGCGACUGGUCUCCACAUUGGACCGUUGUGCAUCACGCACAUGCUCAUUACCUGUUGAGACUGUAGAGCUUAUGCCUCCACACUGCAGUAGAUUUUCCUCGACUUGUUUGCAGAAGUUAUUUUCUUUGAGCAGUUAUUCUAAUGAAGUCAAUUGGAAUAUGACAAGAUCUGAAGUCAGCAAAAUCUCAAUUACUGUGCUCAUGAUCAGAUGUGAAUACAUCUUGAGCAGGUUUCUGACAGAUGAAAAUGGCUUAGGUGAGUAUCCAUUACCAAAAGCAAGACUUGAAGAAAUUAUUUAUGUCCUCCAAGAACUGGCAUGUCUUGUAAUUCAUCCAGAGGCAGCAUCCAUGCUCCCCUUACACCCACGGUUGAGAACUGGCCUAGCAGAGGACAAGAAGCAUGACAACCGUCCCCAUCUGUUUGUGCUUUUACCGUCCUUUUGUGAGCUUGUUACAUCUAGAGAAUUAAGAAUACGGGAGCUAGUGCAAGUGCUGCUUCGAUUAGUCACCAAGGAAUUGUCUCUGGAAAAGCUCAGCUCAGCGAGUGAAAAUAAUACUUAAAGAUAAGCCCACUCUUAAAGAUCGUAUUGUAUAUUUUCUGUAGACUAGACUAGAAAAACCUAUAGAAGGUUUGCCCAGUCUUCUCUUGCUAUAGCUGUGUCAUGAAUUGUGGUCAACCAUACAUUCUCAGCUCCAUCAGCCACGUGCCCAUAAUUUCCCUACCUCAUGUUACGACAGAUCGAAGUUUUCCAUAUGGUCCAUUUUUUAACCAUUUGCGGUUCCAAGCUUCCAGCUCAAACACAACUUAUUUGGGGUCAAACUUGGAGAACCAUAAAUUGGGAAAAACAAUUGAGCAGCUGAGAGAAUUAUGUGUGGUUUAUACAACGAGAUAUUCUAAAGACAGGAACAGCAAAAGGAGAUGAAGAAACCUUUUAAAAUGGUCUUAGUGAGAGGAUCUACAUUCCCCUUGCCAAAUUUUGUUGUACUCAAUCAGAGUGUGAAGAAUGAGUCUGACAUUGAGCCCAGGCCUUUUUUUGCUACUUUAAAUGGUAAAGAUAUGUAUAAUAUCAGGUUGAUUUUUGACUGAAACAAAUGGGAAUUACAUUAUGAAAUUAUUGAAUUAGAACGUGUCUCUCGGAGCAGAAAUAGUUUGAAUACCACCCCUCCCCCAAUUGCAGUUAUUGAGAAAAUUAUUCUAGGAUGUAUCUUAAUGCCAGUGCUUU